CCAUGGAAGUUGCAGUAAAAUCCUCUCUUACAUCAAUUCACGCCCCAAUUUCAGUACGCGAAGCCCCAUUCACCAAGCCGAAGUUGUUGAGUUUUCAGUUCCAUCCAAGACCCAAUUCAUCUAUCUCAAGAAUGCUCAAGAAAACACCAUCAAAAUCCAAGCCCUUCGCAACCAUGUCAUCACCAGUACCAUCCUCUGUUUCAACAGAGUCCAUGGAACAAUCUGAGGCAGAACUUGAAGCUGCCUCUCAAGAAGAGAAGUUUGACUGGUAUGCACAGUGGUAUCCAGUAAUGCCAGUCUGUGACUUGGACAAGAGGGUGCCACAUGCAAAGACGGUGAUGGGACUUGAUUUGGUGGUGUGGUGGGAUAGGAAUGAGAGUGAAUGGAAGGUCUUUAAUGAUUCUUGUCCUCACAGGCUGGCACCAUUGUCUGAAGGAAGGAUUGAUCAAUGGGGACGGUUGCAGUGUGUUUACCAUGGUUGGUGCUUCAAUGGCUCUGGUAACUGCAAGUUCAUCCCUCAAGCACCACCAGAUGGUCCUCCGGUCCACACAUCCAUGAAAGCAUGUGUUGCAGUUUAUCCAAGCACAGUGCAUCAUGACAUUGUAUGGUUUUGGCCUAACACCGAUCCGCAAUACAGAGAUAUCAUUACCAAGAAACAGCCUCCUUUCAUCCCAGAUGUGGAUGAUCCAUCAUUUACCAAGACUAUGGGAAAUAGAGAUUUUCCUUAUGGAUAUGAUGUCUUGAUUGAAAAUCUGUUGGAUCCUGCACAUCUUCCCUAUGCUCAUUAUGGACUAGUAAAUGCACCAAAACCACAAGUGAAGUCUGAUAGAGAAGGAGGCGGUCCAAUUGAUUUGAGUGUCAAGAAACUAGAUAGUCAAGGUUUCGUAGAAAAUCAAGAUCACUUCGGUGAUACGAAAUUUAUUGCACCCUGUAUCUCUUAUGCUUCUAGUAGUCCUGGUGAUGCACCAGAAAAGGGCUCGAUGCAAAAGAGAAUGGCCUUUGUUUUUAUUUGCAUUCCAGUUAGUCCAGGAAGAAGCAGAUUGAUAUGGAUCUUUCCAAGAAACUUUGGACUCUGGAUAGAUAAAGUUGUCCCACGAUGGAUUUUUCAUCUGAAAUACAACCUGGUUUUUGAUUCAGAUCUGUAUCUUCUUCACAUGCAGGAGCGCAAGUUCAUGGAUGUUGGCCCGGCAAACUGGCAAAAGGCUUGUUUCGUGCCAACAAAGUCUGAUGCCCUUCUGGUUGGUUACAGAAGAUGGUUUAACAAGUAUUCUGGAGGUCAAGUUGAUUGGAAGGGAAAGUACUGCGGGGCUCUUCCUCCAACUUCACCAAGAGAACAGCUGUUCGACAGGUACUGGUCCCAUGUGGUAAACUGUCGCAGUUGCAAUGCUGCAUACAAGGGUCUGAAUGCACUAGAGGUGAUUCUGCAGGUUGCUUCACUUGCUUUCAUUGGGGUUGCUGCGGCAACCAAGCAGAAUGCCAAUACAAUGGUAGUCAUGGCAGUAGUAUGCUUCGCUGGUUCAAGAUGGUUGGCUCGCUUCAUCUCCAAGAACUUCCACUACCAUGACUAUAAUCAUGCUUUUCUCUGAGUUCUGUUGAAAAUAUGGCAUGGUUGCAUGAUUUUCCAUGUCUGGGCAGAACUUUGCUCUCACAUGUGCUGCUGUAGAAUAAACUUGACAGCUGAAUAAACUUUAGGUCAGUGUAGAGUUUUCUUGAGAUUGGGGUUUGGGUUUGGGCAUCAAGUUCUUGUAAGGUAUUUUCUACAGACACUGUAUGUUACAUUUCUCGUCUUCCUUUA